CACAACACCACGCGCGCUUGUCUAGUUGUGAAAUCUGUUCGCUUUCGCGUUUAGUUUCGACAAUAGUUGAAUGCACCGGGCAUAUCGUGGGGAGUCGCCAUAAUAUCGCCAGAGAAUAUCGGAGAUAUCGGGAAUAACCCAGACAUCGAGUUACGGUUACGUUCACGCAGAAUACGGAUACGAGAGGCGAGCGAUAGUCGGAGCGGUAGAGCGGUAGCGGUACGGAGCGUUUCUCGCAACGCGUCCCCACACAUACACGACCAAGUCAAUUACAAAUAAAUAAAAUCCAUAAUUCAAAUAACUCAUUACCCAACAAAUUCCGAAGAAAGUAAAAAAGGAUAAAGGCUGAAAAUAAGUGAAUAAGUGAAAAGAAGAAAGGCCCGAAACAAAAAUCAACGGGCGAGAGAUCGCGGGGCGUGGAGAGUAGAAACCAAGUGCAUUUCAUAUUUGUUGAUGUCCUGCAUGCAGGACACGCGCUAAGCCUGUCCCAGUAAGUGCUUCAAAAUUUACUCGCCAACCACUUUCGACGCCUCCAGGGCGUUCAAGCUGGAGGAGGACUUCGUCGGCGGCUGCAUGACAAUGUCGAUGUACUCGACGACGGAUAAAAUGAAAAUGUCAGCGCCCAGUUGUUUUCCAGGACGCUACAGUCCCUCCUAUCGAAGUUCGGAGCAGAUGCGGCGCUGCAUGCCAAAUCCAUCUAGUCGUUUAUUAGAAGAUGCUUCCCUAUUAUGCAAUUCGUGGUCAGCACGUCAGAAUGGUGAUAUCUUUGCGGGCAUCAACGAUGGGAUCCUGAGCAGAGCGGAAGCCCUGGCAGCCGUCGACAUCCAGAAGCACCAAGCCCAGCAUGUACAUAGCCAAAUGCCCUCCCAGAUCAAGCACGACGUCAUGUACCACCACCACACAAUGAGUGGGCCCCCGCAACGUCCCCUCCAGAUGCACCACUCCAUGGAUCAGCUGGACAUGCUGGAUCCGACGGGCUCGAUGACCACAUUGGCGCCCAUCUCGGAGUCCCCUCUAACGCCAACACACCAACACCUGCACGGUUCCUAUCACAGCAUGAAUCACAUGAUGAGCCACCACCAUCCGGGCACGUUAAGUGGCCACACGGCGGGGCACCAUGGACACUCAGCGGUACAUCAUCCUGUUAUCACGGCGGCAGUGGCAGCCGCUGGCCUGCAUCCUGACACCGACACCGAUCCCCGAGAGCUCGAGGCGUUUGCGGAGCGUUUCAAGCAGCGGCGUAUUAAGCUGGGUGUCACGCAGGCCGACGUGGGCAAGGCCCUGGCCAAUCUCAAGUUACCUGGCGUCGGCGCGCUGUCGCAGAGCACCAUCUGUCGGUUCGAGAGCCUGACACUGUCCCACAACAACAUGAUCGCCCUGAAGCCGAUCCUCCAGGCGUGGCUCGAGGAGGCCGAGGCGCAGGCGAAAAACAAGAGGCGCGACCCGGAUGCGCCCAGCGUCCUGCCGGCGGGCGAAAAGAAAAGAAAAAGGACUUCCAUUGCGGCACCUGAAAAGCGUUCCCUGGAAGCCUACUUCGCCGUCCAGCCGAGACCAUCCGGUGAGAAAAUCGCUGCCAUUGCCGAAAAGCUGGAUUUGAAGAAAAACGUGGUGCGCGUCUGGUUCUGCAAUCAACGCCAAAAACAAAAACGUAUAGUUAGUAGUGUAACACCAUCAAUGACUGGCCACGGUUCGGCGGGAUUCGGAUACUGAUAGUCGUUUAUGACGGCGGCAGCAGCAGCAGCAGCGGCGGCGGCAGCGGGAGCGGGAGCGGUAGCGGGCGGAGGAGCGGUAACGAUGCAGGGUGCGGCAGGAUCAGCAGGAUCUGUCGGAUCAUCGUCAUCAUCAUCAGCAACAGCAGCAGCAGCAGCAGCGGCAGCAGCAGCAUCAGCAACCGGCCCCCUCCCGGGCGACUAUUACCUAUAGUGAUUCUAAAUCUGAUUCUGAUUCCGAUUUUGAUUCCGAUUCCGGUAUAUAGUAUACAUAUAUACAGAUAUAGAAAGAAACCAAAAGAUCCAGAAGCGGCAGCAACGAAACAACAACAUCAGCAACAUCUGCAACAGCAACAUCUGCAACAUCU